AAUUUUCUGGUACAGAGUUGUGUUAGCCAUCGAUUCUAGAGUCCAUAAGAAUGCAUUGAUUGCACCAACUGCCUGGUGCGUGGAUCUAAAUAACCAAUGGCAUUGGUUUUUUUUCUGAAUAAAAUGUGUAUCUCUGCUGGUUCAAGGUAUUCCAUUUGAUAUAGAUAGCGAGGGUCGAGGCAGUACAUAAGUAUAAAGGUUACUUGAACUUUCCUUGAGUAGUGCAAAUUCAUGUGGACUUGAUCAGCUUACUUUCCUCUUUACAGUUUCACUAAUGAAACUUGAAUUCAUCAAGAAGAAGGGGGAAUAUGAUUUGAUGUUGGCUUGAAAGUGGAAUUAACUGCUAGAAGUUUAUAGAAAACAUGGUCCUGUCUGUGCAUAUAUGUUUGACAUCUUUUGGCUGGAUAUAAUAGAUGUAUUGCUUAACAUCUUCCUCAUCAGUUUGCGUGAAGUUCUGUUUGGAUGUAAUGUAGAAUUUGAAAAGAUGUACGUACUUUUCAUUUCGGUUUUAUUUUGCAAGUGCCAGCGCUGGUCCCAUCCGACUUUGCGAAGGGCAUGAAUUCAUUAGGAAGAGCAUAUUGUUGAGAAUAUUGUGUAAUUAAUGUAAUAGAUUUGUUGUAUAAUUAGGAGAUAUCCUUGUAUCUUCGUUAUAUCCCUAAGUUGUAGGGAUUUGCUAGCUGUAGACUCUGUAUAUAUUUACUCAAUAUCAAUGAGAAAAGAAUUCAGUCCCAAUAUAAUCUUUUAUGGUAUCAGAGCAGGGCUAACCAUCCCUAGCUCUUUGUUUUCUGCCGCACCAGCAGCAUCAUCAUUCAUCCCAUUCCAAUGGCUCUUGACGACGAUGUUCUUUCCCCUGCAACCGGUGGCAGCACCUCCUCUCUUGAUGAAUCUGCCAAUCCCCUAUUUCUUCAUCACUCUGAUCAUCCCGGUUUGCUCCUUGUAUCGAAGAAGUUGACUGGUGACAACUAUAAUUCAUGGUGCCGCGCUAUGAGGAUAUCCUUGAGUGCCAAGAACAAGACCGGAUUCAUCACCGGCACAAUCAAAGAACCUUCUGCAAUCAAAGAACCAGAAGAGCACGCUCUAUGGCAACGUUGCAACGACAUGGUUUUGUCCUGGAUCCUUAAUUCCUUUGAACCGGACCUCGCCGAUUCAGUUCUCUCUUGCACAACUCCUCAUGCGAUUUGGGAAGAUCUCAGGGAGCGAUUUGCCCUGGGAAACGCCCCACGCAUUUUCCAGGUUCAACGUGAUAUCUACAGAAUUGAACAAGGACAAAUGUCCGUUGCCGCUUAUUAUACCAAGCUGAAGGCACUUUGGGAUGAACUCGCCUCGUACAAUACUGCAGAGAAUUGCACCUGUGGGGCUCAGAAUGAUCGCACUAAACUCAUGCAAUUUCUCAUGGGGUUGAACGAAUCAUAUGCAGGUACUCGUGGUCAAAUCUUAUUAAUGAAUCCAUUGCCUUCUGUUAGACAGGCCUAUGCUUCUGUAACCCAGGAAGAAAAGCAGCGUGAACUUGGCUCAGCCUCUCUUGUCCCAUCUAAUGCGGCAACCAUGGCAGUCCUCAGGCCACAAGCAAUGAAUCAAGGUGACCAAGGCAGCAACUCACGCAAUCGUCCUCCGGUUCAGUGCACUUAUUGUGAGAAAUAUUAUCAUACUGAGGAAACUUGCCACAAGAAGCAUGGUUAUCCACCUGGUCACCGUCUCUACAAACGCAAUCAGCGACAUGGCAAUAGACCUCAGCAACGCAGCAAUGCCUCUGCCAAUCACGUGGAUUGUACUCCAUCUUUCAAGGAACUUCAGGCUACACUUCCUAAUCUUACUGAGGAUCAGUACACUCAAGUCAUUGCCGCAUUGAAUCCCAAACCAUCCACUCCUCAAGCCAACGCUGCUUCUGCUGCUGAGUUUGCAUCAGGACUUGGCUACGAGGAUGAUGAUUGGUGUGGGUAAGCGACGUGGAGAUUUGUACUACCUUGUGGCGUUGUCUUCCACCAUCCCUGCCAAACACCCUUUUGCUUGUCAUCUUACCAUCUCUUCCGAUCUCUGGCGUCGUCGCUUGGGUCAUCCCUCUCCUGCUCGUCUACAAUAUUUAGCAAAGAAUUCUCUUUCCUUUGUUUUUGAUUCUAGUCAUAAGUGUGCGGUUUGCCCUUUAGCUAAACAAACUCGCCAACCUUUUCCUUCUAGUUCAAUAACAACUUCUCGAUGUUUUUCACUUAUUCAUUGUGAUAUUUGGGGACGUCAUAAGACGCCUUCUCUUCAUGGUGCUCAUUAUUUUCUCACUAUUGUGGAUGAUU